AUUUCUCUGCUGAACGCAGCCAUUGUGACUGUAUACAUGGCAUGAGGAGCCAUGCGUCUCUCGUGCAACAUGGCGACCGGUACAGGGUUGAUCGCGAUUCUCCGUUCGUUGCCGAAGCCCGUUGCUUUAAUUGGAAAUAAUAAGCUUAACAAAUUUUCGUGUUGCGUUUUACGACAAACAUUUUGCAACACAUGCCAGCGACACAUGGUGACCUCCGUCUUGGCUGUCGGCGACUGGAAUCGCGACAAGAUGAAAAACAACAUAGGAAAAAUAGUUCAGACACAUAGGACUAUACAUUUGACGAAUAGAUUGUUAAGACGUAACUAUUAUGAAAUCCUUGGAGUCUCCAAGAAUGCUUCGGCAAAAGAUAUAAAAAAGGCUUACUAUCAAUUAGCUAAGAAGUAUCAUCCUGAUACAAAUAAAGGAGAUCCGGAUGCCAAUCAGAAAUUUCAAGAAGUUUCCGAGGCUUACGAAGUGCUAAGCGAUGAAACUAAGAGGAGAGAAUAUGAUACAUGGGGUGCAACAUCAGAGCAAAUGGGCAUGGGAAUGGGUCAUCAGAGUCAAGGACCUAAGAAUUACAGCCAACAUUGGCAAUACAGGUCAACUAUCAAUGCCGAGGAAUUGUUUAGGAAAAUAUUCGGCGAUGCUGGAUUCCAAAAUGGAGCUUUUAGCGAGUUCGAAGACUUUACAGAGAACAGAUAUGGUUUCGGCGCUGCUCAAGAGGUGAUCAUGAAUUUGACAUUUUCCCAAGCUGCUAGAGGUGUGAAUAAAGACAUAAAUGUAAAUGUAGUAGACACUUGUCCGAAGUGCAAUGGUACACGUUGCGAGUUAGGAACUAAAGCAGUGAAAUGUCACUAUUGCAAUGGUACAGGAAUGGAAACAAUAAGCACUGGUCCCUUCGUGAUGAGUUCGACUUGCCGAUACUGUCAAGGCACAAAAAUGCACAUCAAAUUUCCCUGCACGGAGUGCAACGCGAAAGGACAGACGGUACAACGUAAGAAAAUAACGGUGCCAGUUCCAGCCGGAGUGGAAGAUGGUCAGACGAUCCGUCUAGCAGUUGGAAGGAAGGAGAUAUUCGUGACAUUCCGUGUGGAAAAGUCCCGGUAUUUCCGCCGUGAUGGACCUGACGUGCACACCGACGCGGAAAUCUCGCUAGCUCAGGCAGUUUUAGGCGGUACGAUACGAGUAGAAGGCGUUUACGAGGAUCAGACCAUACAAAUAACGCCGGGCACGUCAUCCCAUACGCGCAUCCGUUUGAGUGGUAAGGGAUUGAAGAAGGUCGAUGGUCUGGGUUAUGGUGACCAUUACGUGAACGUUAAGAUCAUCGUGCCUAAAAAAUUGACGGAAAAACAACGGGCGUUGGUUCAAGCGUACGCCGAACUUGAGACCGACACUCCUGGCAGUAUAUAUGGUGUAACAUAUAAAACGGAUGGUACGAAAGAGUGUUGUUCAGGUCCGUUGCACUUGGUGGAAUCUAUACGAAUCGCACUAGGAAAUACACCUAAUCACAAAAACCAGUCUUCAUCUUCUGAGCCCGAGCAUCCGGGAGAUAAAUCUCUUAAUAAUAAGCAUGCCAAAGAUACGUCGAAUGCUGAUAGCAAAAAUAAUCCUAAUGCUAAAAUGCAACGACGAAAAAUGCCUUAAAUAUAAUCGCAGACGUCUAAAGCAUAUAGGAAUCUGGAGGAUGCUGAUCGCGUCAUUAUACUGCUAAUAAGUAUAUCGAUCAUAGGCGCGCUAGCAUCAUCAUUAUAAAUGGGAGUCUGGACUUGAAUACGUACACUUUUGAUCAAGUUGUCGAGAUAAGAAACACAAGGAAUUAUCGUUAUAAGCGAAUACAUGGUGACACCCGAUAGGUAAAUAGCUGUACAGUCGUAUCGUAGCGUAUAAAUUUGUCUUUAUUACAUCUUACUUAAAUAAAGUGUACAUGAAGAUAAAUAUAUAGUUGUUAGUCUAUCCUUG